AUGUCAGCCCUCACGGAUGAUAUCGACGAUGGGCCCCCAACAGAACUAGCACCCCCGCCACCAAUAGGGGUUGCCAGACUGUGUGGGUCCAAGGCGCCGAUAAACUCUAAUUCGUCCUCAGAGUCGACCGGUCGGACUACGGUCGGGUCCACGUCGGCCAGUGGUGCAACGGGUAGCACCGAACGUCUUUGUCAUGAGACGGACCAGCUGAGCGUUUCCGAUGCCGACGGCGGUGAAGUGGCUGACACUUUCUCCUUGGUCACCGCCAUUGACUUUGGCACUACCUUCUCCGGCUAUGCCUACUCACUCAGCUCGGAGAAGAAUGCCAUUUUUACGAACAAGAACUGGGGUCAAACCCAAGGAUUUAUGCUGCACAAAACCCCGACGUGCCUUCUGUUGAGGCCCGAUGCCGAGUUUGAGGCCUUCGGCUUUGAUGCCGUAUCGAGGUAUAAUGACUUAAGCGAAGAGGAAGCUGCGGACUACUACUAUUUCGACAGGUUCAAAAUGAAACUAUAUGCCAAUAAGGUAAGUAAAAAGCGUAGAAUAUUUCCUUCCUUCAUUUCUCACUUGCCUUUGUUUUUUUUUUCCGAUGACUUCACUCUUCAAUGUCUAUCAGGUCUCACUGCCUGUAUACUCUUCCAUAAAGGUCUCACUGCCUGUAUACUCUUCCAUAAAGGUCUCACUGCCUGUAUACUCUUCCAUAAAGGUCUCACUGCCUGUAUACUCUUCCAUAAAGGUCUCACUGCCUGUAUACUCUUCCAUAAAGGUCUCACUGCCUCAUCUCCUCACGCUGGUUUUUCACUUUUUGCUUCUCUUAUACCCCAACACAAGGCCAUAACUGGACACUUUUUACAUCUCUAUCUCUAUCUCUCUCUAUCUCUAUCUCUCUCUAUCUAUCUAUCUCUAUCUCUCUCUCUUUCUCUCUCUCUCUCUCUCUCUCUGAAUUGUGGAAUUUAUUUCAAUUUUGGCGCUUAG